CGUCUGAUGUCCACAUGUGGGACUCCACCCUCUCCCCCUGUGAGAACCAGAGCUACGUGGAUGAUCUAUUGGCUUCACUCCAGGGAAUGUGCUCAACUGGAGGGUGCUGGAGUUCCAGAUUACAGACAAAGUGUUGAUAAAAAAUAAACAAAUGACCUGAUGACGUUUUUGCUGCUGUUGGUGACACUGACAGCAUGUGCUGCAAGUCCUCAAGAUCUGUCAGGUAAAAUGUUCACCUUUCCACAAGAAACCAACACAGCUCGUGUAAUUCUGACACCAACACCAAUACAGGAAUUGAGUGCCUUAACCAUCUGUCACAGGUCCUUUACAGACCUCAAACGAGACCACGCCCUUUUUUCUUUGGCCACACAAUCUAAUUCCAAUGCCUUGCUGAUUUUCUGGGACGAAACAAACAAGGAGAUGGAGCCCCAUAUCAGGGAUAAAAAGACAGAAUAUAGAGGGCAGGACUACAAACCAAACACGUGGCACUCCAUUUGUACCACAUGGGACUCUGCGUCUGGACUGGUGCAGCUGUGGUUUGAUGGACAACCUUCGAUGAGGAAAUAUGUCAGCUCUGGAGCAAUCAGAGGAUCCACCAUGAUUAUCUUAGGACAGGAGCAGGAUACCCAUGGUGGGGGGUUUGACCUGAAGCAGUGUUUCGUUGGCAUGAUGUCUGAUGUCCACAUGUGGGACUACACCCUCUCCCCAUGUGAGAUGCAGAAGUAUGUGGAUGAUCUAAACUUCACUCCAGGGAAUGUGCUCAACUGGCGUGCGAUGGAGUUCCAGAUUAUAGACAGAGUGCUGAUAGAAGAUAAACUAAUGACCUGUCACUAAAAUUUAAAACAAUACCAUCUAUAUAUUAGAAAGGCAGAAAUCCCAUUUUCUGUGCUUUUAUGUUCAAUGUAAAGUAUAAGUUACCAAUGUCAGUAUGCUAUGUUAAAUCAUUGUUUGUAAAAGGACCUUUUCUGAUUUAUCUUAAUACAACAAUUACAUGAAAGAAUUA